AUGACUAGCUGGGAGCACGCAUCUCGUCUGGAACAUAUCCUCAAGCAGGGCAUCCUGGAUCAGUCGCUCGCUGCUUCCACCAGAUUGCAACUCCUGGAAACAUAUGACGACUUACUGCUCGGUGACCUAUUCACAGCAAUCGAGAAGAACGUCCUAGAGAGGCUAUGGACCCUCGUCUACUACAAACCCAUCGAAGCUCUACGCUCCCAACUUCGCUCACAACAUCAACAGUCAACACCUCCCCUCACCAACUCACAAAACAUCAAGCGUGAGCUCUCGCAGGAACUACAGUCCGCCUCAGCUACCUUCAACUCAAUCAUCAUUGAACUGCAAGCAAGAGGAAACUUGGAUCUGGUUCAACUUGCUGCUGACAACUUCUAUGGUCAAGGCUAUCCUCUACAACCACCUGCUGAGCGGCCUGCCAUUGCAUCUCCAACAUUUCAGUCGAUGGCCUUUGGCUGCAUCCAUCAUUGUUUGAUUUAUUUAGGAGAUCUUGCACGAUAUGGUGAUGCAGCCUCAGCAGACUUGGCUCAACUGUAUUACCGCAAAUGCCUGGCACUCUCGCCUGCUCAAGGAAAGCCAUACUCACAGUUAGCAAUCGUCGCCUUGCACAAAUCAUUUUAUUUAGAUGCCGCAUACUGGUUUUCUCUAGCCAUGUCAACUUCGCAACCAUUCACCGUCGCUCGUGAAAACUUGGCUUCUCUAAUUGCCAAAGCCCAAGUAGCACCCAGUAGUCCGCCAAGUAGUACCAGUCCACUGCACAUACUGAAAUUCUUCAAAUUUGCCCUUUCUCCCCACGAUCAGGACAUGUCGAUACCGGUGGGAUAUCAUUCGGAGGUCUGUACCGGCAUCGAUGCCUCAGCAAAGGCACUGGACUGUACUCGCUUGCACCAAGUCCUUGUCCUCAUGAUGGCUGCAAUGCAGGAACUUGAACGAAAGUUUGCUACAGAUUUGCCGUCUGCACGAACACGAAUACGAUCUGUACAAGUCUUGGUGUUGACAAUAAUAGUCAACAUCAUCGUGUCUUGUCUGUCUGUACUUGCUGAUCACGUGGGCGGAAACAGUGAUCAUCUCGAAAGACUCUUUGUCUUCCUUCUCAAGGAGGAUCAAGACCCUAUCAUGUCUUUACUGUCGCCUGUAGCACUAGCCGCCGCCUAUCUAGCACAUAACAUUGACCUGUUCGCCAUUGCUCUGAAAUAUGCCAAUCCCGUCGAAGCUGUGAACAAUGUACAAAGACUCAUGUAUGCAAUUCAAAAUAUCCUAAAUGCAUCGCAAUCUGUCUUGUCAGAAGACACGUUGGAUACACAGCAACUUGCUUCAACAUACAUGGAUGUCUCAGUGCUUCCAGAAGAUGCAGACCUAUUAGGCCUCUUGUCGAUGGCUGGUUUCUAUCGCAAAGUAGAGCGGGUGACAUUGAUUCAAUAUCUGCGGAACCUGGAGACAAAUCAACAAGGAGGAAGGUCUAUCUCUAAGGUCACUAUCGAAAGACUAGAAAGAAUACACUAUCUUGCCAAGAGAAUGGCCAAUGAUGAGGCGUGUCUCUUUAGAUUUGAGUUGUUCAAAUAUGAUAGCAAGAAGGGAUUCCUUGUCAUGGAUGAUUCAACCAAACUCCAAAUACAGAGAGAACGAUCAGAAGCACUUGGUAAAGAAUAUCAGAAACAGCAAGUGCAGGAAGCCAAGAAAUCAGCACGAGCCAUAGUUGUCGUUGAUGCUGGUGUUCUACUAGAAUACCUCUGGCUUGUCAAGAAGUGGGUUUCUCGUGGCCAAUGUAUUGUUGUGAUCGCUCAAGAAGUAUUGGAACAGUUGGACAGGCUCAAGAAGGGAACAUCAGAGCAAUCCAUUAGUGCAAGAGCUGCCACCCGUUUCUUGGAAGCACAUACUCGAAUUGAGUCUUCUCGUCAAUACUUGCGCCUUCAGAGUCCCGUAGAGACAGUAGCCCCUGGCAACAAGAUCAGCCUACCAAUUCCCAAGCACACGAGGAAUUUGGUGUCAUGUGCACUGCAUUUUGCUACAGUCCUUCCUUAUGAUGACACAGACAUGUUUAUGGUGGUUUGCACGGAUGAUAAAACCCGUGCUGCUUGCAAAGAAUGCGAUCUUCCAACAACUACAGCUUUAGAGUGGAAUAGUCGGGUGGGAUGA